AUGUCUCGCGUUCCGAUUUUAAUCGCUUCUUUUCUAUUCCUCUUCCAAUUACCUUCUUCAUUCGCAGUCGCCGGAGAAUCAGAUUCGCCGACGGCGUAUUCUCUUCUCCAGAGCUACAAUUUCCCCGUCGGAAUCCUACCAAAAGGAGUCGUCGCUUACGAUUUAGACACAUCAACAGGCAAAUUCCAUGCGUAUUUCAACGAUUCGUGUAGCUUCUCGCUCGUGGGUUCUUACCAAUUGAACUACAAAUCGACCAUCACUGGUUACAUCUCCGAGAACAAGCUCACGAAACUGAGUGGGAUCAAGGUGAAAGUUCUCUUCUUGUGGCUCAACAUCGUCGAGGUCAUGAGGAAGGGCGAUGAAAUGGAAUUCUCCGUUGGGAUCACGUCGGCGAAUUUCGCGAUCCAGGAGUUUUUGGAAUCGCCUCAAUGUGGGUGUGGAUUCGAGUGUAAGGAUUCGGAUUCGAAACUGGAGAUGUUUGGGAGAAACUCUUUUGUUUCUUCGUCUUGA